ACGCUUUGAUCAUAUGAUACCCCGAGAAGCUUCUCACACAAGUAAGCUUUCCUGGUUAUUAGAUAUUAACAUGCCACACAUCUCUUGUUUGUUACAAGAAAUAAUUAGGGUUAACAUUUAAAACUAAUGUUGUUCUUCAUUCCAUUUGAUAUAGGAGUUGAUCUAUGGAGGAAGCAUUAACAUUGACAUCAGCCCCAAAUAUUUAGGCCUGCUGUUAUGAUUAAACUAAGUGUAAGCUGUUAAUUAUACAUUUUAAUGAUAUCUAGUGUUGUCUUUUUUAAGAUAGAAAUUUGACCCCAAAAGAUACUUGUGAAAUGUACAAUUGAUUCACAGCUUACACAAAUAUUAUAAUUAAAUCUAUACUUAUACAAUUGAUUCACAGCUUACACAAAUAUUAUAAUUAAAUCUAUACUUAUGAAUGUAUAGUGAAAAUGAACUAUGAUUAUUUGGUCUGAUCCAAAUUCUGAUUAAAAAAUAAAUAAAUGUAAUUUAAUUGAUCCACUAUCUGAUCAAGGAUUAGACGGUUUAUCAUUGUAGACAGGUUUGGACUUCUCUCGAGGCGUCGUUAUACCAUUUAUCCAUGAAUAUUCUCGAUUUUCGAAUCACGUUUUCUAGGAAUCAAAUGUUUGUAAAAUACAAGCUAAAGAGAUGAUUUUAUCGAUGAAGUUGUGUGAGUUUUUGUAGAAGUCUCUUAACACUUACAAAACGAGUCCGUGAUAUCAAUUGUAUAUACAUUUGAAAUAAAUGAAAGAAAAUAAUAUACUAUAUAUAUUGCAUACAUGAACAAAUGGACUAGAAAGUUAAUGAACGUAUAUCAAAUUCUCUCUUCGUAUCAUGAACAAACACAUGUAAUGUUAUAUCAUAUUCGUGAUUACAACAUCUAACGCGACAUACGCCAUGAGAGAGAGGUAACCAAAGUUUUCAAUUGGAGAAAUAAAUUCUAUUGUUUGAAGAGAAUCUUAUAACCUACAGAGUCUAUAACGAUAGAAGUUAAUGUUUUGGGCCACUAUUGCCUCCCCACAAACAUCUUUUCUUUUUGCAAUGUCAUUUCAAAACUUUGGAAAAUAAAAAUUAUGUAGUCGGUGGUACAACACGUUUGAGCUUGAUAUGGAAUAUGUAAGUGAAUAUUAUUACAAUCUUUCCACACAUAAACGACAAAGUUGUAGUUGAUUGACAAGAUCCAAGAGAUAAAAUCCAAGUGCUUUGAUCAAACGCAUAGUUGUAAUGUAUGAACAGAGAUCAUUUAAAAACUCACCCCGGCUUUCAAGUCCGUUUGUCCCCCCGGCCAGAUGGAGCUAGACCGGACUAAUCCGAUCCUUAUUAAACGGGUAGGAACAAACACAUGAAUCAGGCCUGCAGGUUCAGUUAGUUCUGGUUAUUCAGUUUUUCCUUAGUUCGGUUCAUAAAUUUUACCGAGUUAAUCUGAAUAAAGUUUUAUUUGGUUCGGUUCAUUUGACUUUUAAAAAUCCUACAAAAGUUUUUUUUUUAAGGUCUAGUUAAUUUUAGUUUUAGUUUUGUUAAAAUUUUGGAUAAAUUCAGUUGAUUUCAGUUAAAUUCAGAAAGUUCGAUUCAAAUUUAGUUAGUUCGGUACAGAUUUUUAGUACGUUUAGGUAUAAUUUUUUUUAAAAAGGAAAAAACCAAAGAAACUGAUUCCCGAACCGAACUGAAAAACCAAAGUUUCUACAUAACCUAUCAAAUCAAACUUCAACCAAACCUUCGGUUCGGUUCUGUUCAAAACCAAAGAAAGGUCCAAUAAGAAACCAAAGAUAAUAAUUCAGUUGUACAUUUUCACUUAUUAAACUCAGGGUGUUUAUCAGUAUGUAUAUAUAUUUUUUUUGUGAUAAAGGAGGGGAGAGCACAUGGAAGCAAUGAUCUAAAAUAAUCUAUCUGUAAAAGAGACGCAAAACAAAGUAACUUUUCUUUCAGUUUCCCUUAAAAAUCAUUUUUUUUUCUAAAUACACUCGGCCAUUGCAACUGUAGUAUUUGUAUUUUUGUAAACCUCAGAUCCAAAGCCCUCUCACUUCUUCUUGGAUUCUGAUUCAUCUUCCCCAAGUCUCCACCUUUCUUUCUUUACUCUUUCUCUUUCCCAAGAAAAUAACAAAUUUCCAGAAUUUUCUUUGUCUCUUUCUUCACUCGAAGCUCAUUGUCAUCUCUCCCCUCUCUUGUUUUUCUUCUUGUCUCACUCUCCAAAACACCUUCGCUAAUUUUCCCGCGAAAAUUCUCUUCUGAUACUUUCCCGGGAAAAUCCUCGAGAAAGUUUGAUACUUUACUUCUCUCAAUGGCGUCAAGAGAAGUAUCAACGAUGAUCAAACACGGGUUCAUCGCAGAUCCUUCUCUCUCUUUCUCCCCUUCAAGAACCACCACAUCUCCGGCCAAACUCUCCUCCUCCUCUCCUCCACCACCGUCUCCUCCGCCGCCGCCGUUAAACGAGCCAACUCACUCAAACCCGACCCUUUUCGACAUGAUGUCGGAGGAGCACCACCGCGAGCAGCCGCCGCGUCGGAAGUCCCACGCGCGGGUAGCUCAGAUCAUGGCCGAGUUCAAGAACGGCGUCGUUUACGACGCCCCCAGCGACGUCAAGCUGACGGUCGUCGGAAGAGACGGGUACAGAGUCACCAUGGACGUCCACAGAAAGGUUCUGUCGGAGAAGAGCAGGUUCUUCAUGGCGAAGAUGAGUUCCAGGAGAGAGAAAGGGGUUUCCCACAUGGUGGAGAUCAGCGAGUGCGAUGACGUGGAGAUCUACGUGGAGACUGUUGUCUUGAUGUACUGCGACGAUCUCAAGAAGAAGCUGGUUGGUGAAAACGUCGUCAAGGUCUUGGCUUUGCUCAAGGUGAGUGCUGCUAUCUCGUUUGAUGAGGGAGUGGUGUCGUGUUUGGAGCAUUUGGAAGCUGCUCCUUGGUCGGGAGAUGAGGAGGAGGUUGUCGUGUCGUGUCUUGACGAGCUUCAUCUUCCUGAGGACUCGGUCGGUUUGAUUCUUCAGAGAGUUUCGUCCGAGCCGACGAGAGAUAGAACGGAUGAUAUCUUCUUGAAGCUUCUUACUGGUGUACUACAGGCCAAGGAUGAUAAAGCGAGACGAGAGAUGAAAGUUGUGAUCUUUAAGUUGGUUAGAGAAGAAGCUGAUCACGAAGUCUCUAAAGAGACUCUCUACGGUUUGUGCCAUAGAUGUUUGACUUCUCUUGUCCUUUGCUUAUCUGAAGUGACCACGCAGAUGAAUGAUCCGGGGAAAGACCGUGGCGCUCUCAUGGGAGAGAUCGCUAGAGAAGCUGACAACAUGCUGUGGAUGGUGGAUAUACUGAUUGAGAAGAAGAUGUGCGACGAGUUUGCGAAGCUUUGGGCGGAUCAGAAGGAGCUAGCGGAGCUUCAUGCCAAGAUACCUACCAUGUAUAGGCACGAGAUAAGCAAGAUCACUGCGCAGAUAUGUGUUGGUAUCGGUAGAGGGAGGAUCUUGGUGAACAGGGAGACUAGGUUCGCGGUUUUGAACACGUGGUUGGAGGCUUUGUAUGAGGAUUUUGGGUGGAUGAGACGGUUGUCGUCGAGAUCUCUUGAUAGGAAGCUGGUGGAGGAUGGGCUCAGCCAGACUAUACUGACCUUGUCGUUGAGGCAACAGCAGGUGAUUCUGAUGAAGUGGUUUGAUAGGUUUCUGAGCAAAGGUGAUGAUUGUCCGAAUGUUCAACGAGCCUUUGAGGUCUGGUGGAGAAGGGCUUUCAUAAGACAGGUUAUAGCAGAGCCGGAUGCAUCACAGCUGCAGAUGACACUCUAUGACUAAUAACUCAAUAGAAUAAGAUUGUUACCCCUCAAAAUGUUAAAUCUUUGUUUUUUUUUUUGUUGGUAAACUGUUACUAUUUGUGACUUUCAAUGUGACACAAAGAUUCAAAAGAAAAUGCCUC